UUAAAAUUCUCUCCCUCCCAAUAUUUCUGUCUGCCUUCCAGCCAAAUCACCGGCCGAGACUCUUCUCUUCGUCCAUUAUUAUUCUCUUUUCUCGCCGGAGUAAGAGUGCCCAAUGGAUCGGCGGCGUCCCCUCCGACCACCGCGUCCCACCGCCGUGCAUGGCGGCGCUACUCGUACGUUCAAUCGAAACCAACAAAACGCCCAUCAACGCUCGAAAGCCCCACCGCCAUCGCCAUCGCCGUCGCCGAAAGCUUCCGAUGCCCUCCCGCUUCCUCUGUAUCUCACCAACACAAUCUUCUUCACUCUGUUCUUCUCCGUCGCUUAUUAUCUUCUCCAUCGAUGGCGCGAUAAGAUCCGAAACUCUACGCCUCUUCACGUCGUCACGCUCUCCGAGAUCGCCGCCAUUGUUUCUCUCAUGGCUUCCUUCAUCUAUCUACUUGGCUUCUUCGGCAUCGACUUUGUGCAAUCUUUCAUAGCGCGUUCCUCUCACGAUGCGUGGGAUCUCGACGACGAAAUUGAUCAGACGCUUCUCAUUGACAACAAUCGAUAUGCUCCUCCUCCUCCUUGUGCCUCUGCCAUCACUUUGCCGCCCAAAUUGGCCGUCGCCGAGCCGUUGGAUUUAGCGCCUCUGCCGGAAGAGGACGAGGAAAUUGUUAAGAUGGUUGUCGAUGGUUCUAUCCCGUCGUAUUCUCUGGAAUCGAAACUUGGGGAUCCUAAGAGGGCGGCCUCCAUUCGCCGUGAGGCACUCCAGAGGAUGACGGGAAGGUCCAUCUAUGGGCUGCCUUUUGAAGGAUUUGAUUAUGAGUCUAUUCUAGGGCAGUGCUGCGAAAUGCCGGUUGGAUAUGUGCAGAUUCCGGUGGGAAUCGCGGGUCCUUUGCUGCUCGAUGGAUUCGAGUACUCGGUGCCGAUGGCGACGACGGAGGGUUGCUUGGUGGCGAGUACCAACAGAGGCUGCAAAGCGAUCUAUGCGUCUGGUGGAGCUUCCAGCAUGUUGCUGAAGGAUGGGAUGACCAGAGCGCCGGUUGUAAGGUUUGGCAGCGCAAAAAGGGCAUCGGAGUUGAAGUUUUUCUUGGAAGAUCCACACCAUUUCGAUACCUUGGCCGUCGUUUUCAAUAGGUCUAGUAGAUUUGCUCGGCUCCAAAGUAUUCGCUGCUCUAUUGCUGGGAAGAAUCUUUACAUAAGAUUUUGUUGCAGCACAGGCGAUGCCAUGGGGAUGAAUAUGGUGUCUAAGGGGGUUCAGAAUGUGCUUGAUUUUCUUCAACAUGAUUUCUCAGACAUGGAAGUCAUUGGUAUCUCUGGAAACUUCUGUGCUGACAAGAAACCUGCUGCUGUAAAUUGGAUCGAAGGACGAGGAAAGUCUGUGGUUUGUGAGGCAGUAAUAAAGGAUGAGGUGGUCAGGAAGGUGUUGAAAACCAGCGUUGCAAGUCUAGUGGAGCUCAACAUGCUUAAGAAUCUAGCUGGAUCAGCAAUGGCUGGCGCUCUUGGCGGAUUUAAUGCUCAUUCCAGCAAUAUUGUGUCUGCAAUUUUCUUAGCAACUGGCCAAGAUCCAGCACAAAAUGUUGAGAGUUCUCAAUGCAUCACAAUGAUGGAACCUGCAAACAACGGAAGAGAUUUGCACAUCUCUGUCACAAUGCCUUCCAUUGAGGUUGGUACCGUUGGCGGUGGAACCCAACUUGCAUCUCAAUCCGCAUGCUUGAAUCUUCUUGGGGUGAAAGGUGCUAGCAAAGAGUCUCCGGGAUCGAACUCAAGGCUUUUAGCCACCAUCGUGGCUGGCUCUGUUCUUGCAGGUGAGCUAUCUCUCAUGUCUGCUAUAGCAGCUGGGCAACUGGUCAAAAGUCACAUGAAAUACAAUAGAUCUAGCAGAGACGUAACAAAACUUGAAUCUUGAAAGGAAAUAGUCAAGAAGUGGUGCGAUCACAGAGAGUAAUGAGAGGGGGAAAAAUAAAUUGAUACUUUUUGGUGAAGUACUUGCAAAGAAAAAGUAUGGGUGGUGGUUGGUUUGCAUGUGAUAAAACACAAAACAAAUGCUGGCCUGGCUGGAAAGGUCCCCAUUGAGGGAAGACAUGUAACAUGGUUGGAUAAAACUGGAUUCUGUCCCUUCAUACAAACUGUUGUGGUGGUCCUGGAAGAUAAUUCGGUGUGUUGUCUGUCUGUUUCUUUUAGUUUUGGCUGACUUUUGAGAAAUUUGAUGAUUUUUUCUUCUGUCGUUUUCUGUUGGUAGAUUUAUAGGCGAUGGUGGGGGGAUAAGGAGGGGGACGGGGUCAGUCUAUGUAUCAUAAUUAUGUUUCUUGUACGUAUUUGUUUGCUUUAAGUUAUGUUGGUGGUUGUAACUUUGUUAUGCUGUAAAAACUUUGACGACUUGAUUAUGAUUCUGGUUCUGAAAUUACUCUACUUUUUAAUUCUUUA